AAGACGAUCAGCCAAUCAAAAUUGACAGUGUCUAAUGGCAGCUACGCUUUGUGUGGUUGUGGCGGAAGUGUGUACAUUUGCCGAAAAAUGCUGUAUCUCGAGGAUUAUUUAGAGCUUGUAGAGAACCUGCCUAUGGAAAUGAGGGAAAAGCUGACAGAAAUGAGAGAAAUGGAUUUACAAGUUUCAAACACUUUGGAUACUCUGGAUGAAAAUGUAAAAGCAUUUUUCAAAAAAUGCCUGCAAGCCAAUUGUAAAAAAGAAUGGAAAGAAGAACAGUUCAAGAAAAUCAAAGAGGAAUAUUACAAAGCACUAGAAGACACAGAUGAAAAGGUUCAAUUGGCCAAUCACAUAUAUGAACUUGUUGACCGGCACUCCCGACGUUUAGAUCAAGAACUUUCCAAAUUCAAAAUGGAGCUAGAAGCUGAUAAUGCUGGAAUCACAGAAGUGCUCGAAAAGCGAUCUUUGGAACUUGAUAAACCGCCCCCCGGGCUGACUAACCACAAGUCAGAGAAGCGCCGCCUCACCCACACACAGUCGACAGUUACGAAUCACUCGGACAAGCGACCAGCGACAGAAGUUCUUUCAUCUCUCGCCAAUGAAGUCGUGAGAGAAUCGUUUGGGCCGCGGCGGCCCAGCUCAGCCUCCAGCUCACCGGCAGCAAAGAUGUUCAGUUCUUCAGGGUCAGGGUCAGGAAUCUCGUACACUUUGGGCAACAUUGGGGCUGGGAACCCUGCCAUUGCUGCUGCUGCUUCUCAGGCAAUGGCAGCAACUAUUCAAAUGCAGACCGGGAGGCGGACGUCUAGCAUGAAGGCCAGCUACGACCUCAUGACGAAGAAUCCUUCUGUCCUUCCCAAAGAUUUGAGCAUCAGUGUGAGCCAGUCGGUGUCCGCUCCGUCAACGCCAGAGCCAGUUCCCCGAUCACAAAGAACAAAAAAGCAAACAUCAAAGGCAGCAGCUUUAGCUGCAGCACAGCAACAACAGCAGCAACAGCAACAGGCUGCAGCAGCCGCAGCGGCCACCGCGUCCCAGCCAGCCACGCCCCAGGUGUCGACGACGGAGAGCGAGGAGGUGCCGAGCGACGUGCAGGUGGACGAGUGGAACGCCGACCCCAACGAGCCGCGCUACUGUCUGUGCAACCAGGUGUCCUAUGGGGACAUGGUGGGCUGUGACAAUAACGACUGCCCGAUCGAGUGGUUCCACUACGGCUGUGUGGGCUUGUCGCAAGCCCCAAAAGGCAAAUGGUACUGUCCACAAUGCACUGCUGCUAUGAAGAGGAGAGGAAGACGAUGACAUCAUGACAUCACAUCUUAUGUAUAUACUAUAUAUAUAUUUGCGUAUAUGUGUCAUUUUACAUCCAUAUUAUUAUAAAGCAUAGGUCCAUUCCUGUAGUUAGUUGAAAAAACAAGAAAAAAAAACAUGGCAAAGCUCAGUGAUUCAGAUAAUAAAUAACUGCCACGCAGAAACAGAAAAGGAGC